AUGGCACCCUCGGCGCCCGAGACACUCUCCCCGUCUGCGUUCUUCACCACGCUGCUCCAUCUGGUCACCCUUGAACAAGACUCCGAGGUCGCAGAGACGUCGCUGCUGCUCUCGUCCACGCCGCCCACGACGCUGUCUCGCGCCGGCCUCGCCAUCCUUAACCUCUCGGUGCAGUCGCUGAAGACCGGUCUCGGGGGCCGCAGCGUGGUCGAACUCGGUCUCGACGCGGCCGUCGUGAGCAAGGAUUCCAAGGGUGAGUUGCCGGAGCACGGGAUCCGCACAGGCGAUAUCGUGCGGGUCGGAGAGACCCCGAAAGGCACGGCGAGGAAGAAAGAGGCCGCAGAGCUCAAGGGCAAGGGCGUCGAAGGGGUGGUGGUCAGGGUUGGGGAGAGGGCCGUGUGGGUGGCGCUGGGCAAGGAGGGUGGCGGAAGCGAUAAUGUCGAAGAAGUACCGGACGGGAAACUGUGGCUGGUCAAACUGGCGAACGACGUCACUUACAAGAGAAUGAACCAGACCCUUACCAGACUACUCAAGACGCCCGAGUCGUCAUAUACGACGCUCCAGCGCGUCCUCCUGGGCCUUUCUUCCACAGGGACAACCAACUCGUCUGACUCGAGCGACAUCACUUUCUUUGACCCGACAUUAAACCCGUCUCAACAAGACGCAAUCCGCUUCGCCCUCUCCUCGCCCGAGAUAGCUCUCAUCCACGGUCCGCCCGGAACAGGAAAGACGUACACCCUCAUCGAACUCAUUCUACAGCUUCUCAAGCGUAAUCAACGGGUGCUGGUAUGCGGACCCAGCAACAUCAGCGUGGACAACAUCGUAGAACGUCUCUCCUUGACCUCCCCGAGUACACCAAUCGUUCGUCUCGGUCAUCCGGCCCGCCUCUUGCCAAGUGUCUUGAACCACUCGCUCGAAGUGUUGACGCGGACGAGCGAAGCGGCGGGAAUUGUGAGCGACGUGCGCAAGGAGAUGGAUGCGAAGCAGGCGUCAAUUCGGAAGACUCGCAAUGGCCGUGAACGACGGGCAAUUUACGCUGACCUGAGAGAGUUAAGGAAAGAGUACCGUGAGCGCGAGGGAAAGUGCAUUGAUGGGCUGGUGACGGGUAGCAAAGUCGUACUGUCGACGCUCCACGGGGCUGGGAGUUAUCAAGUCCGCAACCAGGCAUUCGACGUCGUGGUGAUUGAUGAAGCGAGUCAAGCUCUCGAGCCACAAUGCUGGAUUCCACUGGUGUUCGGAGGUCCCAACGUGAAAAAGCUGGUCUUAGCGGGCGACCAUCUGCAGUUGCCGCCAACAGUCAAGAGUGCAGAUAACAAAGACAACAAGGUGGAAAAGAAAGCAAGGAUCAAAACCUUGGAGGAAGAAUUGGCCAAGCUGUCUGUCAAGGACGAAGAAUUAAAGGCCGCGAAGAGUUGGUCGUUGGAAACCACAAUGUUUGACCGGCUGUUGGCCAGACACGGAUCUGGGAUUAAGAGGCUGCUCAAUACGCAGUAUCGAAUGCAUGAAAAAAUAAUGCGGUUCCCCAGCGACGAGUUGUAUGACGGGAAGCUCAUCGCGGCGGAUGCUGUUAAAUCCCGACUGCUAAGAGAUCUACCAUACGAAGUAAAAGAGACCGAAGACACCGCGGAGCCGCUUGUGUUUUUCGACACGCAAGGGGGCGAUUUUCCAGAGAAGACAGAAGACGACUCAGGCGGCCAGGUUCACAAGUCGACCCUGCUGGGAGACAGUAAGUGCAAUGAAAUGGAAGCGGCUGUGGCUGCCAUGCAUGUCAAGAACCUAGUAGAAGCGGGAGUCAGGGACGAAGACAUCGCGGUCGUCACACCCUACAACGCUCAGCUCGCUCUUCUGAGCUCAUUACUCAAGGAGAAGUAUCCAAAACUUGAAUUGGGCAGCGUGGAUGGCUUUCAGGGCCGAGAGAAGGAAGCCGUCGUUGUCAGUCUGGUCAGAAGCAACGCUGAAAGGGAGGUGGGCUUCCUGGAUGAGAAAAGGAGAUUAAACGUUGCAAUGACCCGACCGAAGCGCCAUUUGUGCGUGAUUGGCGAUUCAGAGACUGUUUCUCGAGGCAGCCCCUUUUUGAAGAGGUGGAUGAAAUUUUUGGAGGACCAUGCUGAGUUGCGAUAUCCAAGCAUCGAGGAUUUGGAACUCGGGUAG